AUGGUGAGCCUCCGUCCACCUCUAAGGGUAGGCUAAUUCACCACCGUCAUCAGUGUCUACGUCCUCCCCCAGGUGACCGGCCCUGCCGCGGCAAGGGACAAAUUAGACAAGGACCCGCACGCCCUCUUGGCGACUGUGCCGAAGGCGGAUAAGAUGAUUGUCAUUGGUAACUUCAGCGCUCGCGUCGGCACAGAACACGCUGCAUGGAGAGAAGUGCUGGGUCCCCAUUGUCUUGACGGAUCCAAUGACAAUGGGCUGCUCCUCUUACGAACCUACGCAGAACACCAUCUAAUCCUGACCAACACCUACUUCCUCUUUCCGAUGCGAGAGAAGGCCACCUGGAUGCACCGUCCGUCGCAAGGCGGGCACCUGCUGGACGAUGCCUUCGCCCGGAGACGAGACCCGCAGGACGUGCUGGUGACAAAGGUGAUCGCGGGCGCCGGCGGGUGGACCUACCAUCGUUUGGUCAUCUUCGGGAUGCUGAUUAGCUAUAGCCUCGGAGAAGACCUCAAGGUAAGCGACGCCCAGGUAAGCUGAAUGUUGCUUUGUUGUUCUUGCCUGCUCACCAUCUCCAUUUGAACAAUGGGCUAGCUCAACGGCUAGCCAACCUUCCGGUCGCUGCCGCUGAACGCCUCCGUGUAGAACCGAUGGUGCCAACUGCGGGAAACAGUCCACUCGACGGCCCUGGCUGUCCUCGGCCACUCACGACGCAAACAUCAAGACUGGUUGGAUUUCAACGACGCCGUAAUCAGCAAUCUGCUCGCCAGGAAGAAUCGACUGCACAAUGACUAGGUCGACCGUCCAACCGACGACAACAAAGCAGCCUUGUGCAAGAGUGGCUGCAGGAGGCGCAAGACACUUGUACGGCUCGUAAGGUCGAGGAGAUCUGAGAGUAUGUAGAUCGCCAUCUACGGUCCGCCAACCAAAGCAACUGCUCCGCUUCUCAGCGCCGACGGCAGUACCCUACUCACCGAUAAGACACAAAUUCUUCAGCGAUGGACCGAGCAUUUCAGACGCUUCCUUAACCGUCCCUCCACCAUCUCCGACGCCGCCAUCGUCGUCUGCCUCAAGUGGAGACCGACGUCGACCUCAACCUCCCACCCUCUAUCCACGGAACCAUCAGGGCCGUGCAACAGCUCUCCAGCGGUAAAACGUCCGAAUCGGACGCGAUCCCUGCUGAGACCUACAAGCACGGUGAUCCUCAAAUCAUGGAUAAUCUGACGGCGCUCUUCCAGGAGAUGUGGAUUCAGGGAGAAGUCCGGCAUGAUUUCAAGGACGCAACAAUCGUCCAUCUCUAUAAGCGGAAAGGUAAUCGCCAGUUCUGCGACAGCCACCGAGGCAUCUCUUUGCUAAAUAUCCUUGGGAAGAUCUUCGCUCGCAUGCUUCUCAACCCCCUGAAUCAUCAUCUGUAACAAGGUCUCCUCCUGGAAAGACAGGGUGGCCUUUGCCGUCAUCGCGGGACCACGAACAUGAUCUUCGCAAUCUGUCAACUGUAAAAGGCUCAGCAGAUGCGGACUCAUCUCUACUCUACUUUCAUGGAUCUGACGAAAGCCUCCGAUACGGUAAGUCGUGAAGGGCUGGGGAAAAUCAUGCAGAAAUUCGGCUGUCCCGAGCGAUUCACUCAGAUGGUGCGUCAGCUGCACGACGACAUGAUGGCGUGAGUCAUGGAUAAUUGAGCUGCCUCAGAUGCGUUCGCAUUGACCAACGGAGUUAAGCAGGGCUGCGUCCUCGCGCCUACUCUCCUCAGUCUCAUGUUCUUUGCCAUGCUGAUGAACGCUUACCGUGACGAACGCCCUGGGAUCAACAUUGCCUAGAGGAUGGGCGGCCAACUCUACAACCAUCGGCGCAUGCACUUCCAGUCGCGUGUAUCCACGACGACCGUCCAUGAACUUCUGUUCGCCGAUGGCUGCGCUCUCAACGAAACUACUGAAGGGGACAUACAAAUGACCAUGGAACUCUUCGUCGCCACCUCGGACGACGUCGGCCUGGUCAUUAACACAAAGAAGACGGUGAUUAUGCAUCAACCGCCACCCGAAGCUGUCAACGUCGCGCUUCAAAUCAACGUGAACGGCGCCCAACUGUAAUUCGUGUAAAACUUCACCUACCUAGACAGCACUCCGUUCCGCACCACCGAGAUCGGCGAUGAAGUGACUCGCCGGAUCUCCAAAGCCAGCCAAACCUUCGGCCGUCUGCAAAGCACAGUCUGGAAUCACAACUCUCUCCACCUCAACACCAAACUGAAGAUAUACAAGGCCGUUUUCCUGCCGAUGCUACUGUAUGGGGCGGAGACCUGGACGGUGUACAAAAACCAGGCACGGAGACUCAAGCACGUCCACCUCAGCUGUCUUCGACGGAUACUGAAGUUGAGAUGGCAGGACCAGAUCCCGAACACGGAUGUACUGAGGCGAAUGGGAAUCCUUAACAUCUACGCCAUGCGUUGCAACGGUCACCUUGUGUGGAUAAAUGAAGAGCGGCUACCCAAAAACUCUUUUGCGGAGAUGUCGUCACGGGUUCCCGCCGGCAAGGAGCCAAGUCCGUCGCUACAAGGACACUGA